ACCGGUGGAUGGAAUUGGCGGAUUUGGGGUGUGAGGUUCUAGCUCUUCUGCCGUGAAGCAGCUCAGCGCCUAGUUUUGGCUUAGGAGCUGGAGAGAAACCGGCUGGCAGAGGUGGCAAUACAGAAGGAGCCCAGAGCUCUGGCACGGCUGCCGAGGUCUCCCGGGGGGCUGCCGAGGACACCCCGCUCAGCCCCGUGCGCCUGAUGGAGGACAGGAGCCGCCAGCUCCCGCGCUAUAAAAGCCAGGAGAGGCCCAGGGUGGGGCUGGCGUCAGCGGGAAAUGUCUCCCUGGAAGCAGAUUAACUUCACAGGAAACCUGUCAUCGAGAAACCUGACUGUGAGAAAACUCCAGUGAGAAGCUGAGGACAAACAACAUCUUGAGGACAGUCCAUGGGGACUGUACCAGAUCCUGUGAGAUCUGCCAAGCUUUCCCUGGUCUCAACUGCUGCAGAGGAGGAACACCUGGGAGACCUGCAGCCUGCUAAGCACCAGCCCCAGCCCCCCAGUGGCGAGAGGACCAGCAAUGGCAUCCCCUGCACACCGUCCAGCUCAGCUGAGGUUUGCUUGUUCGACCUGAACUGCGCAGGUGCUGCCAGCACACAGAGCUGCCAGCAGUGCCACACAAAUGAUGACAGCCAGCAGGAAGCCUUUUCUCCCAGGGUGGCCAGCACAACUGCAGAGGGGCAUCCUGCAGAUGUAAAGCCUACUGGUUGCUCCCAGCCAGCGGGCAUCCAGGCACCGGCAGCGCCAGCUCUUGCUGCAGUGGGAGCCCUCUUGGUGGGGCAAGGGCCAGAGAUGAUGCCAGCCCCCCAGAGCUCCCGGCAGUUUGUGCAAGGCAGCCAGGCUAAAUCGAGCUCCCUGACACAGAUAGAGGACUCUGCUUUGAAACCUCAGGGAGCUGAUGAUCAGCCAGCGCUUGAAGUGUUAAAUUAUUCUUCCCUGGGUGAUCCUGUUGGGGUUAAUCAAUUCUGUCAUACUUCUCAGGCAAACCUUCUGCAAAGAGGGGAAAAAGACAGGGCAGCAGAAAAAAAUGGUUCUGCUGUGUGUCAGUCAGCCUUGCCAGCAAGGCAAACCGCAGCUGACCUGGGGAGAGACCCGCAGACCAGUCUGGAGGCAAACAGCGGGACUGCAGACACGGCGCAGUUGCAUCCCCCAGAUAAAACUGAAACAGUGCAGAGCAGCGAGGCACCAGCCCAGUCUGGCCACGGGAGUCCACAUCCUGUACACAACCUGGACCCCAUGCCUGGGAGUGCAAACCCCACCCAGCUUUCCAAAUUCAAAGAAACAGGUACAAUGACAGCUCAGCCAGAGAGCAGCCCUUUUACUCAGGAAGCUGUAAGCAGGACAUGGCGGGAUGCUGAGGUUCAGGCCGUGGCUACUGUGGAGAGCAAAUCAGCUUCCACCAGUCCCAGCAUCUUUGCUGCCUUCUUAAAAGGGAAUCUUCCUCCAGAGGAGAAGGAAGAACUGCACAUAAUUUACCAAGGAGGUAUGGGGCAGAGCCAGGCUGCACUUACUGACAGUUUAUCCUCACAACAAAAGUUGCCAUGUUCUCCUGGUAUCACAUCAAAAUCGACUCUUGUGGCUGUGACUGCUUCAGCCCAAACCCAGCCUGUCAAACUGCCUGGGGUCCCAUCUGACGUGGCAUCUCCGGUGUCAGCAGAUAAUGCAAAACCUGUUCUCCCCUGCUCCUCUGCAGCUGUUACCUCCCCAGGAACAUCUGUGGGUGAUGCUGAAAUGACCAGUACAGCCCAUGAUGUCAGGGAUGCUGCUCAGCUGCCAAAGGAUGCUCCAGUCCCACCAAAGUUCACCCCAGUUGAGCAGCUUGGAGUUGACUCCAGUAAUCACCCUCCAUCACAGUCUGGGACUGGCACUGGUGAGCCAAGCACCGCUUCCACUGAUGCUGUCCCAAAAACCCAGAACAACACGCGACAUCUCGUCCCUCAUGCAGCUAUCAGCCGCUCAGCUUUACUCUCUGGCAAGGACAGUGAAGUCAAGCAGCAGGAGGUCCUGGGCAGCUCUGAGCAAAAGCCUGUGCAAAGCAAUGGUGUGAGUCAAGGGCAGGCCAGUCCUAAUCAAUCUGUGGUAAAACCAAAGGAAGAAGACUUGGUGGUGCUUGAUUCUAAAGGAGGACUGAAUGUUGGCAGCCAUCCUGCCACUGGCCAUGCAAAGACGUGCUCACAGGAUGCAGGUGAGGAGAGCAGAGGCCACGGAGACAGCGGCCAGUCUCAGAUUGCUGGUGGCCAGAACCUGCAGGCAGGACUGAUGCCCGAGCUGAGUGUGAGUUCUGCAACUCUUGCCCCUCCCAUGGCAGCAUCAGCAGCUCCCCAGCAGCAGGGCCCCCAGGCCAGGGAGUCCAAACACGAUCUCCACACUGCAGUGAUUCCUGCUUCCUCUCAGGCUGUGCCAAACCUGGGGGAGAACAAAAAGCACUCCACCCCAGCCACGGAGGCGAAAGUACAGGUGAAGCAGUCCAAACACGUCAGGGAUGUUGUUUGGGAUGAGCAAGGAAUGACAUGGGAGGUUUAUGGCGCUUCCCUCGAUCCAGAAUCCCUGGGAAUUGCCAUCCAGAACCACUUACAGAGACAAAUACGGGAACACGAGAAACUGAUCCGGGCCCAGAACAGUCAGACCCGGAAAUCCAUUUCCUCAGAUACAUCCUCAAAUAAAAAACUGAAAGGGAGGCAGCACAACAUGUUCCAGUCCAUGCUGCAGAAUUUUAGGCGUCCUAAUUGCUGCGUCCGACCUGCUCCCUCUUCUGUGUUAGACUGACGUGGUUUGCAGGGGUGCCUAAAUACCUGCAGUGGAGAGAAUCCCUCCCCUCAAGUCCUGCUGUUUGAUUGUGUAAUUGGGGUUGUGAUGCAACAGUGGAAAAUUAUUCCCCUUUGUUUUCUGACUAGCCACAUGCUCCAUCCUGCCAUUAUUAUUGUCACAGCUGGUGUAUUUCCACAUUAUGCCCCAACCUUGACUGCUGUCAGAUGAAAAGCUAGGCACUUAGCAAAAGCACAAAUUUCAAUUGCCACCUUGCUGCAGGGAGAGCAGCACCUUCUGAUAAAGCAGGAAGCAGAGGGAUUGUCAGAAUUAUGGGAAUUUAUUUAUGUGCAUUAUGAGGUCUUACUCAAAGGGAUGGACUGGGGGAAGCUGAGGGAGGUGGAAUUUAGGUUCAACAGCUGUAAAGACCUAACAUAAGACAACUUUCCUGGUUUGUAAGUUACCUGUGCUGAGGCAAGUCCGUGAACAGGCUAUGGACACUGAUCACUGAGCAGCCUCCCUUCUGUCGAUACUGUGGGCUGCUGUUCUCAGGCAAGCCCCAGGGAGCCCGGUCUUCCCCUCCUUCUGAAAUGCAGAACCAGGCAAAGAAUGAGGAUCAAGACUGAAGGAUUCUCUUUGGGAAAAGCUAAGUCAGUGGGAUGCUGAUGGCCAGAAGGGGAGGUGAGAGAGAUGCUUUGUGUCCCCUGCAGUGGCCACUCUUAAGGUAUAAGCCGUUCGAGGCAUGGGAGAGCACAUCAGUAGAUGGACCUGCAUCCAGCAGGAUGGUGCCCACCCUUACUCUGGUACUCCUGCCAAGUCUUUAAAAAGCAGAGAGUCAUUCUGCCUCCUCAGGCACAGUGGGCAGCCCCUGCUCCCAGCCUCCCACAGCGCUGAACACCUCUCUUCUAAAUCACUCUUCAAACAAAGUGAUGUGGAUCUUUCUUCUCUCUCCAGAGAUGCACAGUAAUGUUUUCCCAUAGCAGCAGGCUUUCCUGUGCAUUGGGGUCCAUGAGCCUCUAUGUCUAGUGUGUUACACUGAUAUUAUUUUUCCCUUUUAAGUACUUAGCCAACUCUGCUGGGUUUUUUUCAGUAUUUUGGUGCUUUUCUUGAUGCCUUUCAUAACCUGAAUACCAUUUAUUUAGUCUGUGUGUUGUUUUAUUUUACCUAAUGCUCUAUAUUAUGAACCAUUACACUGUUAACUUGAAAAAUUUGCAGCAGUACCGAAAUCUUGAGACAAUCUUUGCUGUAUUUCUGAACUUAGUUGUAGAAACUGCUAAUAAAAGGUAGCUUAGUGACUGUUUCUCCAGAAGUAUGAUAUACAAUAAUGUCUCAAAUAUAUGUUGGUCUCAUUUCUCAAUACUUCUAAACUUGGGAAAUGUGUUUCCCAGUAGCUUUGUGUUUUGUCCACUAGAGUUCAUUAUGGGAGGCUGGGGAACUCCUUCAGUUUGUAGAAAAUUUAGUUAUAAAUCCUCCAAAGCACUGAUGAUUUGGAUAUUGUAAUCCUGCAGAGUACUAGAGUUAAAUAGGAGAUACUUUUAGUCCAUUAAAGAUUUUUCAUGAAUCAUGAUGAUAAUUUAUUUCUGUCUCUAGUACCACGCACCUGACUCGCUCUGUAGCUCUUACUCUUACAACUUACUCUAAAUCUUACAGGUUUACACCAUGUAAAUGAGUAUUAGGAUCUUUUUUUUUUCUUUUUUUUUUUUCUGUCAACCUGAAGUGGUCCCUAGUUAUUUAGGAGGCCAGACUUCUUGAGUAUAUCAACUGCCAAGCUUUCAUAGUAGCUAUUUGGGGUCAAUUUUUCCCCAGCAGGAAAGUAAAAUACUGUAAAAUACAACAUUUUAGCCCACUGCAAUGAAAAGUGUUGCCCCUAAGCAUAGGACUGAAUUGACUUCUAGUUUUCCUCAGAUAUAUACCAGGGGGCUUUAUGUCACAUCCUUGUUCAAUUUCUGUAUGUUGUUUCAAGUCCUCUCCUACUUAUGGUGCUGAGUUUUUAAUUCUGAAGCACCACAUAUGAGAGUGUCUUCCCAUCUCUGCCUACCAGGAGGAAAGUCUUUAACCUUUUUUCUGUUAGUACUGCCCUGUUAGUUAGUUUCCACCCCCUUCCUAGCAGUGUCUGAGAUGUGAGUUUCAUGUGAAAUUUUGUGUGGGAUUAAUAUUGACAGUAUCAUUAGGUCAGGUUAAUUGACAAGUUCAGUGUCUCUUCCCACAUUGUGUCUGUGUCAGCCCUGACGAGGUUCCCCAAGUUGUCUGCAGUUUUUGCUGUGUCCUGUCCAGGUCCAAGGCUGCAUCUUUUGCCUCCCUUCUGCCCCUUCCCUUGCUAGCUGUUGCCCAGCCUGUCUUCCUCUGAAGCUGUGUCCCUUGGCUCAGCUUACGUCCCCCUCUGCAUUCCCCUUGCUGUAGCUGUGAGUCAGCUUACUCUGAACUGUCCCUUUACAAAUAUGCUCAGUCUGGAUAUGCAAAUGGAUUGUCCUAUUUUUUUCUUCCAGAGGAGAAUAAACAGCUGUCAUUCAUUCACUGAUUUCCAUGAAUUUUAUCCUACAGCUUCAGCUCUGCAAAGUAUUUCUAGGACAUGUGUAUGUGUUGCUUUAUUGAGACCAAACUAGGCUUGGCAAUGAAUGAGCUGGGGCAGCACUGGACUUACUGCUUUUUUGCAAGGAAUGAGAGAUAUCUCCUGGUUCCUUGCAGGUUCUUUCAGCUGUGAGUCUUCAGUGGCUGGACCACCCUCCCUUCCCCACACCAAAUGACCUUCCUUCUAGGAAAAUUUCACCAGUGCAUUCAUAUUACAAAGCGCCAAUGGACAAGUUACUGGGUGGGCGCAUCUGAACAGCUGCAUGGGCCUGACUGAAACAAAAUGAAGUGCUCAGCCUGUGUUCUGGGCAAAUACGAGUGCAAAGAUGGAAAUUGUCCAUGGCACUGUCUGGUGGCUGCAGAAGUCCUGCAGAUGUGUGUUGGUAGCCAAGCAAUAAAGUGCCAAAAGCCAACACAUAAAAAUGAGUCGAUAAUCACCAGCACAUCUCAUGGAAAAUAUUUUAGGUUUUGACUGUGCCUUGCCAGGGCAGACUGUAGGUAACUCACUAGUUUAACACUGGUGAUUAGUGCUUUCUCUUGCACACAAUGUCUAGGUGACAGUGUGAAUCCUCACUGAUGACAACAUCUUUCACCAACAGCAAAACAACCACGUUUGGGGGUAGCAAUUAGCAAGUAUUGCAUUUGAUAGCAAUUACGCAUUUGAGUGGGCUUGUAGCAGCCAAGAAAGGCUGUUCUGGGUGUCAGUCUCAAAAAUGAAAAUGUGCUUGUAGUAGUGAUGUGGCAGAUUAGGGGGAGAUGAUCCACGUGCCACCACCCCAUUAUUUUUCUCUGUACAAUGACUCAGAAUCACAUUGCAUUUGGAUGGGUAACAACCAAAGAUAUCCAUUUGGGCUGAUAAAAAGAGGGUUCAGGACAGAAAAUACAUUGUCAUUCCCAGGAGCAAAUCUAUAUGAAAAAAAAAAAAAACCAAACCUGCCUAGCCAGUUGAAGUACUCUUAAAUUCAUUUCUUUGCAAGAUGAGAGACUUUGGGAAACAAGCUCAUUGUCAGGAAACCCCUCCCUGCCAGUUGCAUCUUCUAGGAAGGCUGAUGUACCAAGAACCAUUAGUAAAAACAGUGAAUAAGAAUGGAAGAUUUGCUUCUAGUUUCACUUAGGGGGCUUUCCACUAGCUAAGAUGAGAAUAAGCACAUUUCAGUGUUACCAAUACAUACCUGAGUUGAAGGAGUAUCUCAUUGCAGGCAGUUUGUAAUAUAGUCCUGGAUUUCAUGUGAGGCUGUGAUAUCCAUGUGAGUGUGACAACCAUGUGUGCACUUGGUUGAGAUCUGCCAGUUUUAUGUUGUUUGGGCACAAGUGUUGAAGUUCUGCCUCAUUUCUGUUGACUUGGUUUGGCAAAAAAGAGUGGAGAAGGAGCUGAAGGGACAAGAAGGGGAAUAUCUGUCUUCUCCAUUUCAGGAGAAGAAAACAUUGUUUUGAAUACAGAAGAGGAAAUUGCUGAGAAACAUGGGGAGGGAAGGACAAAAAAGUAAAAUAAAGCUGGUGUAGGUGCUUCACAAUGAAUUCCCAUUCCUAUGUUUGUUUUGCCCACUUGUUUUCUGACCUCACCUGGCUUUUUUUAUUAGUUGGUGUCCCAUGUCUUUUAGGAAAAUGAAUAUUUCCAAAGGCUGUAUAUUUUGCUGGUAUUUAUAGAUAUAUCCAAAUAGGAUUCAACAAAACCUCUAAGAAGUCAACUUGUUUAUUACUGCCACUAAAACAGAAGAGCUUGUAAAAUGCACUGUUUGAAGUAUACUGAAGGGAUUCAAAAUUAAUAUAUGCUCUAAAGAUAGCGCUACCUUUUCUCUUGAGUUUCAUUACUAUGUUGAAGUGUUAAAGUUAGAAGUGGAAAUUCAAAUGAAAAUCAGUUUUGAUGAGGAAUUCAGAUUGGUUUUCAGUUUGGAAACUUCAUGGAAUGUACCAUACCAGUGUUUCAUUAGGUAGCUCAGUAUGUGUAAGGUUUGUAUGAAAGUACAAAUUUUGUUAACUUAUUAGCUCCAUUAUCUUGUUCUGUGUCUAUCCUUCUACACUUUUUAAAAAUUAACACAAAAUGCUACCACAACAGAGUAAUUUUCACACAGCUUGUGGGAAUGGCUGCUCUGAAUGACAGAAAACUGAUUGUCAGACUCUUAGGGCUUAGAAAGUUAAGGGCUCUGGUCGGAGGGACACUCUUCCCUCCUUUUCCUGAACUCCCUGUCUCACUAACCAAUCUUGGUUGGUUUAUUUUUUGGAGUCUCUGUGAUGCCUGUAUGAGUGGUCAGUGGUCCCAAAGACAUGCAGGUAGAUCCAAAUACUGCGCACUACAAAAUAUCUCUGGUGCUAUUGGAUGCUGUGGUGUGACCCAAAGGUCAGGUCCUGUUACUUGAACUAGCUUAAUAUUCUCUUAGGGGCCUAAAUUAAUUAAUGGGAUUAAAAUCCCACUUGAGUCACUGUAGAUGUUUAAAAGGAAGACUGAAGUAUUACAGCUGAAUUGAGCCAAACUCAAAAACUUUUAAACUCUGAGAUUUAUUGUUUUUUCUGCUUUGUGUUUUUCUGAGUAGCUCUUCCUUCCUAGUUUAUAGUGUGAAUUUUGCAUCAAAUCCUGGCAAAGAAGAUUUUGCAAAGUGAAACCUUCUUUUCACCAUUCAGGCUUCUUUAAAGAAAAGUGAUGUUAUUACUGAGACAAAUCACACAGAGAGGAAAUAUUUUUUCCUCUAGGAAAUCUUCUGAUGUAGGUAAGCUUAUGUGUGUGUGUCCUUGUUUAAAAGGCAAGUAUAUGUGUGCAGGUCUCAUGCAUCACUCAUGCUCUAAUAUGAUUUUUUCCCUUUGCCCUUCUGAUUGAAUGCUGGAGGCUUAGCAUUUUCCACAACCUUGAGGCAGUUUAAAUCUUUCUCCUUCUCUGGUCUCUAAAAAGCAGGCUCUGGGUGAUAGGAAGCAUCUGAUCUCCUUAGGAACAGAAUCAUGUCAACUAAUCCCCAUUUGAAAUAUCAGACCUUAAGUUUUUGUUAGCUUUCUGCUAAGACUGACACUCCUUGGAGUAGAAAUAAAAGAAAAAUCUGCUUGCAAAGUCUCCAGCAGUUGUCUGCUGCAGAAUCCUUCUGCGAGGGUCCUCCUGACAGUUCCCUUAGCUCAGUUCACAAUCAAUAGUUUCAAGCACAUCAAAAGCAAGUUUAGACACUGCCCUGAAGAAUUUCCAUAAAAUGGAAGAGAGCCAUUUGUGUGUGUUUGUGGCACAUAAAAUCACCGAGUCUGCAUUGUGAAGUAAAGGUCUCAGUGACACUGAAGAGUAUUGGGAGUUUCUACCCAGAAUUAAAGGUGGGGAGUGUAUCUGAACUUCUAAUUUCAAAAAACUAUGGCCAUGAGUCAGCCAGCAUCAGAAAAAAAAAAAACAACUUGGAGGCUUCUAACAACAGCUGUUAUUGUGGCUUUAUUAAAUUUAUAGUUACACUGAUUGAACGUGAUGUACUGUACAAAAUAAAGCUAGUCUUAGGCUACCAGGUGUACCAUGGCAUUCAUUUGAGACAUAUCAACAGAAGUUUGCAUGUGAAAAGUCUUAAAGUGAUACUAAAGCAAUGUUACCCACCUGAUUGAGUCCCUUAGGAAUUUAAUGUUUUGCUGUUUUACAUCUGGUUUCCAUGCUGAGUACAAUAAAAUGAGCACUGUCUUAA